AUGGCUCCCACGACCGGAAGUUCGUCCGCCAGUCUCAGCGCUACCUACGACUCGCCGUCCGGGCACAAAACCUUCGCAGACACAAUCACUAGCCCACCGGUUGAGAACGAUGGCUCCAUCGACACAAAGGCCAAGACCACGUACCUAUCCGAGCUGCGGGCGUCUACUAGGAGACUACAAGGAGACAUCAACAAGUUCUUGACUGAGAAGAUGGAGGAAGAUAAGAAAGCCGCUGGGCAGGACGGUCUAAACGGCGCCUCUAAGCAGAAAUCAAAAGAUGAGUUAGAGGAAGAGAAUUACGGCGAAGAAGAUGCCGAGGACGAUACAUGA